AUGAGCACACUACGAGAGCUGGUCCCAGCUGAUCUGUUCAAGUUCAAUUCGAUUGUCUUUGAUCCUUUUGUCGAGGGCUACCACAUGGACUUUUAUUUGCGGAAGAUGAUCAAAAAUCCCAAGCUGUGCCAGGUGUCAGUUGCACCUGAUGGUCGUCUCAUUGGUUUGCUUUUAAGCACCCACGGUGUGAGCAAAAACGAAAAGUUCAAAAACGAAAUUGGCAAAGACUUUCGCCCAACUUAUGGACACAUUUCGUUGCUGGCUGUGGCCGCUGACUAUCGUCGCCUGGGCCUGGCAACGUGCUUGAUGGGACAGUUCACGGAGAUCGUGGAGCGCUAUGGGGACUGGUAUGUGGACCUCUAUGUGCGCUCGAGUAAUGUCACGGCCGUGCAGCUCUACGAGUUCCUGGGAUUUAUCAGGUAUCGUUGGUUGCCAUUUUUCUAUGAGAAUGAACAUGGCUACGAAUUGCGAAUGCCCUUAUGCCGCGAUGUGGGACGGAAGUCACUGAAGGGCAUCACAAAGAACAGAUUCUAUUGGCUCCACCAGGUGCUGUAUGCGCUAUUCAAGGAGUUUCUGAAGGGACUGAAGGCUCUUUAUACCCGGUACUCGAAGAAGGCCCAAAAGAACAUUCCCAUUAAGAGUUCAUUGCACUCGUCGAGCGAGUAA